AUGUAUCAGAUUGUGAUCGCUUGUCUGCGGCGAGCUGCGAUCGUGUGCCGUCAGUUCCUGUGGCGGAUCAUCGGCUUGUUUCACGUGGCGUACUGGAUUCCUAUCCCAAGGCCACAUCCACCUGACACGCUGAAUCACCCCAAAUGGGGCACCCAUCAGUACAUCAAAGUCGGCAAAAUCAAGCUACAUUACGUGGAGAAAGGCUCGAGUAGUAAGCCACUGGUGCUAUUUCUGCAUGGGUUGCCAGACUUUUGGUACACCUGGCGAUACCAGCUGAACACGCUAUCGCGAGACUACUGGACGGUGGCGGUGGACCUGAUCGGUUGUGGUCAAUCCGACCAAGCCCCAUACAACGUUUCCUACAAGCUCUGGAAUCAGGCGAUGGUAAUCUCCCGUCUAGUGAAAGCUCUCGGAAAAACUGACUGCGUCCUCGUAGGUAGUGGAUACGGUGCAUUACUCGGUUGGCAUGUCGUCCAUCAGUACCCCCAGGUGGUGUCCCGAUACGUCAUGCUGGGGACACCUUCGGUGGUGAUCUUGCAGGAUCUAGUCCGGCGUGGUUCUAUUUCCCUGCGAGUUCUGCUACAACUCGUGCCUUUCCUGUGUCCGAACCGACUGAUCGCUCUGCUAGCACGAGCUGGAGAUUACGCGAUGUUUGAUCGCCUACUCGGAGCACGAACCGCUAAACCACAAGACUUGGAGGCGUACAAGUACACCUUCGCUCGACCAAAUGCACUGGAGAACGCGAUCACUGCCGCUCGCGAAACUAUCGCGGACUUCUUUCACGAGGACUCUGAGUUCCGCGUGCGCAAACCAUCCAACACGCCGGGGUUGUUCCUGUUUGCGACCGAAGACCGUUGGAUUGAUCCAGACGAGUGCACAACCCUGCUGAUGGACAUGUAUCGACCGCUGGAAACACGCCUCGUACCGGGAACUGCACGUAUGAUGCACCAGGACGAAGCAGGCACGGUCAAUAGACUCAUUUCUGAGUUUCUCGCGAGGGAUGUACGUUCCCGUGUGGAAGAAGUGAUGUCUGGCGAUGAUCCCAAGGCAAAAAUAGUCCUCAAGGAGGUGUGCGACAAUUGCUACGGAAAGGAACACAGCAAGGCAGCGCACGAUCAUGCCGAAUGUGCCAACAAUUGUGACGGUGAAGCGCUGCGGCAUUACUUUACCAAAAUUAGGUUCCCGAUUUGUUCUUAA